AUGCGGCCAGAUGUAUCAACAACUUUUCAGGCUUAUGUAUACGACGACGCGAAUUAUGAGAAGACUCUGGAGCUCGUUGAUAACACCUCGCAUAAUGCACUGACUAGCUCUAUCUUCUCUGCAGACCGCAAAGCCUUUCUAACUGCCACAGACACUGAGCUAUGCAAUGCUGCCAGCGACGUCUAUUACAACGAGAAAUGCACUGGCGCGAUCGUGGGCUGA